CUCUGUCCCCUGGGUCUGGGGCACAUGUCCACCCACAGAGGCUAGGGUCUUCUGCAUCCAGGGAUCCCCCCAGGGCUCUGGGCACCCUGGUCCGAGGGCCUCUGGGGACCUGUGUGGCCAGUCGUGCAGGGGAUAGGGCCGGCAGCCUGCUGGGCUGGCCCCCACCGGGGUGGGGAAGGCAGGCUCCAAACCACAGUGUCCAAAGGGGCGUGGCCGCCGGGCCCAUCCAAGGCCGCGAUCCCGAGGGUGGGGUAGCCCCCGCCCUGGCAGGGCCCGGCGUCUGGUGGGCGGCACCGGCUCCGGCCGGGUGGUCUGUUGGCCAGAGCCCAUCCUGCCCGGAGCCCGGCGGAGCCAGCCACAGGGGGUACAGGGACCAAGUGGCCCAGCCCCUGGGCAGGGUGUCAGGGCCAGAACCCAGAAGGCUGCGAUUCCGAUUCCGGUCCCAGCCGGCAAAUCAGAGCUGGGCAGCCCGGGCAGCGAGCAGCCGGGGCGCCCGGGCCUCUGGGACUCACCUGCCUGCUUUUGGCUGCCGGAGCCCCGGGAGGCCCUGCGGCCCCUGGGACCCUCCGUGGGGUUGGAGGGGCACGGCCCCCAGGGACGUGUGCGGAACUCAGCGGCUCAGCAGAGGAUGGUGGCCGGGGCUGACCUCAGAGGCCUUCAGAGGGCAGGUGGGCAGGCAGGCGACAGGCUCACCACUCAGUGGAGUGUGGAGGAUGAAGAGGAAGUGGCCCGGGAGCAGCGCCGGCGGGAGCGGGAGAGGAUGAAGCAGGACCAGGAUGAGGGUGGCCCAGACCCAGACCAGUCGGAGCAGGAGGCUCUCCUCGGAGGGAAGCCCUCGGAGGCCCCUGAACUAGAUGAGGACGAGGGUUUUGGUGACUGGUCCCAGAAGUCAGAGCAGCAGCGACAGCAGCACUGGGUUGAGGAGGGGGCCUUGGAUGCUGGAGAAGGUCCAGAGGGCAAGCAGGACAGGUCCUGCCAGCAAACCUGUGGAAAUGACAUCAGUGAUGGGCUGCGGCAAGCCAGUGUCCACCUGGAACAGCUAGGUUUGAGCCAAGAGGGGUCUGGCCCAGAGGAGCCUGUCCAGGGCCACCAGGAGGUGGCAGAGGCUGGGGAGGCAGAGGAGCACCAGAGAUGUCAGCAGCCCAAGACCCCCAGCCCCUUGGGCUUGGAGGGGAACACCAGACCAAGCUCACCUCCCCUGAGCCCUACCACCAAACUUGCUGACAGGACCGAGUCCCUGAACCGCUCCAUAGAGAAGAGUAACACUGUGAAGAAGUCCCAGCCAGCCCUGCCCAUCGCCAGGAUCGACGAGCGGCUGGAGCAGUAUACCCAGGCCAUUGAGUCUGCUGGCCGGACGCCCAGACUCUCCCGCCAGGCCUCCAUAGAGUUGCCCAGCAUGGCGGUGGCCAGUACCAAGAGUCUAUGGGAGACAGGAGAGAUGCAGACUCUGUCUUCUGCCAAGACCCCCUCCUGCAAGGAUAUUGUAGCAGGAGACAUGAGCAAGAAGAGCCUCUGGGAGCUCAGAGGAGACCCCACGCCCUCAUCCUCCAUCAAGGCCACACCAUCUGGAAAGAGGUACAAGUUUGUGGCCACCGGACACGGGAAGUACGAGAAGGUCCUUGUGGACGAGGGCCCGGUACCCUAGGGCCUGCGUCUCGGUACACACCAGAAGCACCUCUGUCCCCAGACUCACCAGCCCCCGGCCCUAGCUGAGACUGCUUCCUGUUGCCACUGUAGCCUGACCUUGUCCUUCUGACAGCUCCACUGCUGUCACCACCCCCUUAUGCUUCUGGACCCUCCAACCCCUAUCCCACCCCACGGAUCCCCCAGCUCUGCCUCUGGCAUCUCGGAGGAAAGAGCUCCCUGACCGUUGGCUCGAUGGUCCAUGCCCUGGAGAGGCUGAGCCUUCCCAAGGAAGGCCAGAGAUGGAGGCCGGUCACCCGCCACACAGCAGGAGCCCUGCGCUGGGACGGACACGGCCUCGCACCCUCCCUGCUCUGCCUGCGGAAGACCCACUUUGUACAAUAAAGUUCCUUGAGCAGCCCCCA